AUGCCCUACAGCUGCUGUUGUGGAAAGGUCUCCUCUCACUCCUUUGGGGGCUACCUGCGCUACCCAGGCACCUCCUGUGGCUCUUCCUACCCCAGCAACCUGGUCUACAGGACUGACCUCUGCUCCCCCAGCACCUGCCAGCUGGGCUCCUCUCUCUACAGUGGCUGUCAGGAGACCUACUCUGAACCCACCAGCUGCCAGACGUCCUGUGUGGUGUCCAGCCCCUGCCAGACGUUCUGGUACCGUCCAAGGACCUCCCCACUCUGCAGUCCCUGCCAGACGACUUACUCUGAAUCUCUGGGCUUUGGAUCCAGCAGCUGCCGCUCCCUGGGCUGUGGACCUAAUGGCUUCAGACCCCUAGGUUGUGGAGGCUGCAGCUUCCCUUCUCUGAGCUGUGCAUCAGGAUUCUACCGCCCAUCCUACUUGGCUUCUAGGAGCUGCUGGUCUUCUUGUUACAGACCAACCUGUGGCUCUCACUUCUAUCGAUUUACUUGCUAA